AUGUCUGCAAAGUCGACACAAGGCCCUCGCGGCAAGAAGCCUGCAUCCGCAGCCACCAACCUGAUCGCUGGUGGCGGUGCUGGAAUGAUGGAAGCGCUUGCGUGCCAUCCUUUGGACACCAUCAAAGUCCGCAUGCAACUCUCCAAGCGAGCACGCAUGCCCGGUGCGCCGAAGCGUGGUUUCCUCAAGACCGGUGCCGAGAUUGUGAAGCGUGAGACGGCGCUGGGUCUGUACAAGGGUCUUGGUGCCGUUCUUACUGGCAUUGUGCCCAAGAUGGCUAUUCGCUUCACUUCGUACGAGUGGUACAAGCAAUUGCUGGCAGAUUCACAAGGCAACGUGACCUCGAAAUCGACAUUCAUGGCUGGUCUUGCUGCCGGUGUCACAGAGGCCGUUCUCGUUGUCACUCCUAUGGAAGUCGUAAAGAUCCGUUUACAAGCACAACACCACUCCAUGGCCGACCCGCUCGACGUCCCCAAGUACCGAAACGCAGCGCACGCCCUGUACACGGUGCUGAAGGAGGAGGGCGUCGGCGCGUUAUGGCGUGGUGUGUCACUCACAGCGUUGCGCCAGGGUACGAACCAGGCUGCGAACUUCACAGCCUACUCAGAAUUGAGGGCACGGCUACAGGCUUACCAAGGCACAACCGACCUUCCAGGGUGGCAGACGUCCUGCAUUGGUCUCAUCUCUGGUGCCAUGGGGCCUUUUUCGAACGCGCCCAUUGACACUAUCAAGACAAGACUGCAGAAAACACCAGCCGAGCCAGGUCAGAGUGCCAUGAGCAGGAUCACAGCCAUUGCUGGCGACAUGUGGAAACAAGAAGGCGUGAAGAGUUUCUACAAGGGUAUCACACCUCGUGUGAUGCGUGUUGCUCCUGGACAGGCCGUCACGUUCACCGUGUACGAGUACUUGAAGGGCAUACUUGAGAAGGGGAGAGAGAUGAUUCCUGGUGGUCAGUACGAGGAGUGA